AUUUACUCGAGCUAAUUAUUUAGCAAACCCACCCUGAGAACAUUAUUACUGUCUCGAUAGUUCAAUCCCGAAGAAUUCCACUCUCCAUACCUUCGAGUUUAAGCCAUGCUUGAGGCAGGCAAUCAAAUCCUCACUCCUCUUCCUAUUCAAGUUCUACCAAGGCUAUUUCAUUUUAGCAUCCCCUCUCUCAACCUCAGUUCACCAAAUUCUUCCUAGCAAGCAGAAUUCAUGUGCAGAGCACCCACCAAGGCUUUGUGGACCAAGGAGAUUAGCACUGCUUUCCCAAGACAAGUUUAUGUGAUUAUGAUCUUCAGGCUUUGCCUAUCGAGGCUCGCAAUUCAUGGAUCGAUCGAGGUUCUCUUAUGGCCUAACACGUUAUUUGAGAAUUGUGUACACUUGUUAGUUGUUUCGGUGGGUUGAUCUCCAUCGGGCACUAAUUCAUGUAAGAGGCGUUAUAAGGGUGCUUGGCUGGAUGUGUUCCGAAGCAUGUAUCAUAUAAGGUCUGCGUGGGUAGCGUCCCGAGGUGAUCAAUUCAACUUUUCUGAGUUACAUCCUCAGGGCAAGUGUCAUGGGAAAAAUGAAUUCGUCGGUGGCUAAAAGGUCCGGGAUCACAGCGAGUAACAGAAAGGGAGUGUGACAUGUACGCACAAAUGAAAGAAAUUAUUUUAACAUGCUUAGAAGUUCUUUCAAUUUAAAACCUUCUAAGUUAUGUCAAUUAUGAUUGGAUAAAUUGUCUUUACGAAAAUAUGAAAUGUUUAUGAAAAUGCUUGUCUACUGAGUACAUUAGUACUUAGCCCAAAAAUACUUUCAAAUAUUUUAAGAUUGACUGGCCAGUGCUGACGGGACUGAGCUGAGGUUAUGGUUCAAUUUCCUAUUUAGACUUUCGCUGUAGCAAUAACUCUUAUCUGUCUUUUGUUUUCUCAACUUAAGACUUUGAUGUUAGAUUUAGAAUGACAUAUCUAUUCGAGUUUAAACACUUAACUCCUAGUCUUAUGCUAAUGAAUACUGGUUGUCAAAAGCAUGAAACAAAACUUGUGAUCCAAAGAGCCUAGCCCGACUUGUUAUCUUAUUAUUCGGGUUUCAACAAGGAUUUUCCCUUGUGUUAUCUCUAUAAAUUGGUUGCACCUCGAUUGUAUUUAUCCCUUCAAGAAUUGGGGUGUGACAGAAUAGAAGGAAAAUUAUGCCCAAAAUAAAAGUAAGGAAAAAGCUAACGUACUUAUGGCAUAUAAAGGUGAUUUUGGAAGAUAAGAUGACAUGUGGUACCUCGAUACUGGUAAAGUGCUUGGCGUCCUCAAGAUUUAAGUUGGCCAUGGCGGCCCAAAAUGUCUGAGGUUUAAAAUCGAAAACACCAUACACCCCGCUCUGCGGACUUUCGAGAAUGUCGUUGAAAUUAUUGUAAGGAAGCUUGUAGUCCUUGUUGAGCAGGCGGAAAGAACAUUCUAUAGGAAUGGUCCGAUCGUAAGUGAUUGUCAAGGUCGAAAGGAACUCGAUCGUUAGAAUCCUAUAGGUGAGCCAAUUCCCUAUCAACAUAUGCUGAAGUCCCACUCUAUCAACCAAUGUCCACACAUCAUCUUCGAUGCCCAACAAUCCGGGGAUUGAUUUAUUAUCAGUACUAUCUGUUGAUUGUUUGAGACUACUCUGGAUUUUAUUUCUAUUAUUUAAUAAGUUCUGUAUUUCUUUCUUGUGGUUCUAAUUUGAAACUGGUGAAUUGUUUAGGUGGUAUAUGAACACAAGAUCUAAAAAUUUACCUUUAGUAAAUUUUGAUCCGGAACUUGAAGCUACGCUCCGCCUUAUCAACAACCAGAAAACUAAAGCCACACUCAACAUGAUGGCUACUGCAGAGGAAGUCUGUGCGUUGAGAGAACAGUUGUAGGCGUUGUUGGAUGCUCAGAAAAAUGCUAGCUGGUGAGCAGAACAUGCCCCAAUUGAUGAGGCGUUUACUCCCUUGUAUCAGUACCAAGAGCCACCGAGAGUCAACGCAAAUAACUUUCAAUUGAGGACUGGGCUAAUUACCAUGGUGCAACAAAAUCAAUACGGAGGAAGCGCCGUAGAGGAUCCCAACUCGCACUUGAGGCAGUUUUUGGAGUUGUGCAGUACGAUAAAGAUGAACGGCGUAGCAGAUGACAUCAUUCGCCUUCGUCUAUUUUCCUUCUCACUGAGGGACAAGGCUAAGUCAUGGUACCACACUCUACAAUUGGGAGCCAAUCCUACAUGGGAGGAAGUGGCGCACUUGUUUCUACGAAAGUUUCACCCUCCUGGUCUGACAUUGAAGCUGAAGAUGAACAUUGUUCAAUUUCAGCAGUAUGAAGGGGAAUCACUAGCAGAAACAUGAGAACGGUUGCACGAGAAAUUGAGGAAGUGCCUGUCCCAUGGCUUUGAUGAGGGGACUCUAGUGGUCAUGUUUAACAAUGCAUGUGGAGAGCGCACGAGGAUGUUCAUGGAUACAGUAGCUGGAGGGCCCCUGCUAAAGAAAGGGAGCUCGGAAGCAAUGGAGAUCACAGAAAGUAUGGCCGCUAUAAGUUGCCAAUGGCCAUCCAAGAGAGUGCAGUUGAAGAAAAUUGCUGCUGCGUCUAGCUCAGAUCCCAUGGCUUUGAUUUCGACUCAGCCGGCAGAGAUGAAAUCGAGAAUUGCAGCGUUAUCUAUGGGCAAUCCUGAACCAGCUAUCGAGGAACCGGCAGGCAUAGAAGACGCCUAACUUUAUUCAUGGAAGGAACUACGGAAAUUUCCAGCGUGGACAGCAAGGCGACUACAAUAGAGGACAACAUUACCAACAAAGAGGGCAUCCACACCCAAAUUUGGCAUAUGGGAAUCCCAACAAUGCAAUUUAACCUCCACCAGGCUUCUCGGUAACCAAUGAAGUUAUAAAUGAAGAGAAGAAGUCGAACUUGGAGGAGUUGAUGAUGAAGUUUAUCUCAAAGUUCGACGAGAGAAUGGAGAAGUUAGAGUCCACUACCGCUGCUUUGGGGACUCAGAUGAAGAUGUUCGAGAUCCAAUUGGGUCAACUAGCCAAUACUUUUACAAAUCUACAUCAACAAGGCUAGUUUCCGAGCAAUACAACUAUUAAUCCCAAACAGCACUGUGAAACGAUCAACUUGCGGAGCGGGACUACUUAUGAGGGGCCCAAGAUGCCCGAGGACGAGAGUACACCGCAGGUCGUAGAGAAAGAAGCUGAAGAGGUCGUCGUGAGGUUUCUGGCGAAAAGAAGAAUGAAAAGGAGAAAGCUACUUCGCCAGCAACGUGACUAUGCCAUUCCCUCAGCGCCAUCAGAAAGAGAGGGUGAAAGAGCAGUUCUCCAAGUUCUUAGAGAUCUUCAGGAAGGUGCAUAUUAAUAUUCCAUUGGUGGAAGCACUGCAGGAGAUGCCGCAGUAUGCUAAAUUCCUGAAGGACAUUAUCUCGAGGAAGAAGAGGCUGAGAGAGUUUGAGACGGUGAAUCUCAAUGAGGAAUGCAACGCAAUCUUUCAGAGGAAGUUCCCAGCAAAGCUCAAAGAUCCAGGCAGCUUCACUAUUUCCUGCACCAUUAGAGGCCAGCAGUUUGGAAAGGCGCUCUGCGACUUGGGGGCGAGUAUCAACCUCAUGCCCCUAUCUAUCUUUCAGCGACUGGCAAUUGGAGAGAUGAAGCCGACGUCGAUCGCGUUGCAGAUGGCAGAUAGGUCGGUGACAUACCCACGGGGGAUAGUAGAGGAUGUUCUGGUGAAGGUCAAUGAGUUCAUAUUCCCUGCUGAUUUUGUCGUGUUGGAUUUUGAGGAGGACAAAACCAUCCCGUUGAUACUAUGGAGACCGUUUUUGGCUACGGGAAGAGCUUUGAUAGAUGUGGCCAAUGGCGAGCUUACUUUGAGGGUGAAUGAUGAGAAACACACCUUCUCCAUAUACCGAGCUUUGAAGUUUUAUGAUGAGAAGGAAGCCACGAAUACAGAGGAGUGCAAGCUGUUGAGUAUAGUUGAUUCCUACGACACACCGUCUUCAUGGAAGGGUCUCGGCGACCCUCUUGAGGCUUACAUCUCUCAUUCUAUCUUCUCUACUGAUUUUGAUUUUCCCCUUGAUACGCACUUGUUUUCUAAUGAGUUGUUUGAGUGUUGUAGCGCAUUGGAGAGUAUCGCAGAGAUUGCAACGAGGAAGAGAUGAUUUCUAGAGCUGCGCACCGAGGAAGAGAAGAAAAAGAUGGAGGAGGACAAGAGGGCUGCCCCAAAGCUUGAGUUGAAGCCGUUGCCGGAUCACUUGAAAUACGCCUUCCUAGGUGAUGGUGAGACGUAUCCGGAUAAUUGUAUCAGCUUACCUUUCUCCUUUUGAACUGGAUUCGUUGUUGUGUGUUUUGCGAAAGCAUAAGUCUGCUAUCUUUUGGUUUGUGCAAUGCUCCUGCAACUUUCCAAAGAUGUAUGAUGGCUAUUUUCCAUGAUCUGAUUGAGAAUGUAAUGAAAGUUUUUAUGGAUGAUUUCUCUAUGUUUGGAAAUUCCUUUGAUCAUUGCCUCGAGAAUUUAUCUGUUGUGCUUGCUCAUUGUGAGGAGACUAACUUGGUGCCAAAUUGGGAGAAGUGCCAUUUUAUGGUGCGAGAAAGCAUCGUUCUUGGUCAUAAUGUUUCAGCUGCAGGUUUGGAGGUCGAUCGAGCCAAGAUUGUAGCCAUAGAGAAGCUUCCGCCACCAACCAAUGAUAGAGUUGUGCGUAGUUUUUUGGGUCAUGCCGGAUUCUACCGCCGCUUCAUCAAGGACUUCUCUAAAGUGGCUAAGCCUUUGAGUCAGCUGUUGGAGAAAGACGCCAAGUUUUGUUUUGAUGAAGCUUCCAUAGCUGCUUUUGAGACUUUGAAGAAAGCCUUGGUCACUGCUCCUAUUUUGAUCGUAUCGGAUUGGACGCAAGCCAUUCGAGUUGAUGUGUGAUGCUAGUGAUAUUGCUGUUGGAGCUGCGUUGGGUCAAAAAAGGGACAAGUUUUUUCAUGUCAUUUAUUAUGCUAGCCGAACAUUGGAUAAAGCUCAGGCGAACUACACAGUGAUCGAGAAGGAGAAGGAGAUGUUAGCGGUUGUGUACGCUUUUGAUAAGUUCCGUGCAUAUUUGAUUGGGACAAAAUCAAUUGUGUACACGGACCACGCAGCCAUCCGUUACCUCUUUGACAAGAAAGAUGCCAAGCCAAGACUUAUACGAUGGAUCCUGUUGAUGCAAGAGUUUGAUAUAGAGAUUCGAGAUCAUCGUGGAUGUGAGAAUGUGGUUGUCGAUCAUCUCUCUCGAUUAGAGAAUCCGGUGGAAGGAGAGGAACUUCGAGUUCUAAUCAAGGAGACAUUCCCGGAUGAGCAGAUUUUGUGAGUGAGCUCAACUAUGCCGUGGUAUGUCGACUAUGUGAAUUUUCUGGUGGCCAAAGCUUUCCCACCUCAGGAUAUGAGCCAAUAUAAGAAGAAGAAAAUUUUCCAUGAUGUUAAUUUCUACAUGUGGGAUGACCCGUAUCUUUAUCGACGUUGUGCCGACAUGGUGAUUCGUCGUUGUGUGCCUGAAGAGGAGUGGGGACCGAUCUUUACUCAAUGUUAUUCAUCACCGAGUGGAGGCCAUUUUGGAGCCAAUAGAACUGCAUUCAAAGUCUUACAAAGUGGAUUCUAUUGGCCUUCCAUAUUCAAGGAUGCCAACGCUUUUGUGUCUCGUUGUGAUCGUUGCCAACUUAUGGGAGGCAUUACUAAAAGACAUGAGAUGCCUUUGACUAGCGUGGUAGAGGUUGAACUGUUUGACUUUUGGGGGAUCGACUUCAUGGGUCCGUUCCCUUCAUCCUAUGGGAACCAAUACAUCCUUUUGGCGGUGGAGUACAUGUCGAGAUGGGUUGAGGCUGUUCCUACCGCAACGAAUGAUUCAAAGGUGGUGAUGAAG